GUUAAAAACAAAAAAUAAAUAAAACUCUUUAAAGAAAAUGUAUAAAAAACAACAUAAACCCAACAACAACAUGACCACAUUAAGUAAGAAACUUUCAUGGCUAUUGAGGCAUGGUGCCAUUAAAGAAGGUCUAAACAUACAAGCCAAUGGAUUUAUUAAAGUUAAUGAUAUACUACAGCAUCCGAAUUAUAGAAAUUGCUAUACAUUGGAAGUGCUUCAAAAGUUGGUGGAUAAUGAUGAGAAGCGGCGUUACUGCUUACGGUUUAAUGAGGACAGUGGAGUUUAUGAGAUACGUGCCAAUCAGGGUCACACUUUAAAAGAGGUUAAGGAUGAUAAGUGUCUUAAAGAGAUUCUAAAAGCGGAAGAAGUGCCUUUAGCGGUUCACGGUACCUACCUAAGACAUUGGCCGGAUAUAAAGCGUGAAGGUUUGAAGAGAAUGUCACGCAAUCAUGUGCAUUUUGCCACCUCAGAUGCUAGAGCUAAUAAUAUUAGUGGUUUUCGUAGUGAUUGUCAAGUGUUGAUCUAUUUAAAUGUAAAACGUGUUUUGGACUCCCAACAACUUAAACUCUAUCGUUCGGAUAAUAAUGUUGUACUCUGUAGUGGUUUGGAGGAUGGUUCUAUUCCUCCUAUAUAUUUUGAUAAAGUUAUUGAUCGACGCACAGGCCAACUAAUGGAUUUUUAAUAUUUCUCUACAAAAUUUUGUUAAAUAAAAUUCUAAUCACUUGUUAUUUCUA